AUGCAUUUUGCACUGUGUUGUGUCUGUAGAGAUGACGAGGCUGUACUAACGAAUAUAUCGGAAAUGAUCGACUUGGCCAUCGGUACUCCUGAGAUCGGAGUUGUGGACUUCAGUAUGCUGCAGACUGUCCUGCACUGCCUUGCCCAACAACUCGGAGUGCUGAGCAAGAAUGUUGAGUUGCGAGGCAGCGUGGCGGCCCUGCCCGUCGGCAGACCCUCCGACACUACCCAGACCAUAGCCAUCAGCGAGUUCAUCGUCGAUACAGGGGCACCCGGAGGCUAUGAGCUAGCAACAUAUCCGAUGUCACCUGAUCAAGAAAGUAUGCUUGUUGUUGAGCGCAGGAAAAGGACAGAUUACACUCCAGCGCCUUCUAGAAAAACCACGACACCCGGAAUGAGUACUCCAGGUGGUAAGGCUGCUGGUGGCGGUCAGGUUCCUGGGGGUGGUCAGUUCCCUGGUGGCGGUCAGGUUCCUGGGGGCGGUCAGUUCCCUGGUGGCGGUCAGGGUCCCGGUGGAGGUCAGGUUCCUGGUGGCGGUCAGUUCCCUGGUGGCGGUCAGGGUCCCGGUGGAGGUCAGGUUCCUGGUGGAGGUCAGGGUCCCGGUGGAGGUCAGGUUCCUGGUGGCGGUCAGCUUCCUGGUUACGGUCAGGGUCCCGGUGGAGGUCAGGGUCCCGGUGGAGUCGGUGGUGCGGGUGCUGGCCCCGGCGGUGUGCCUGGUGCCCAAGGCGGCGUCGGACCUCCAUCCAGUCCUGCACCGCCUUCUGGAGCCGCUAGAGGUGGGCCUCAAGCACCACCUGGCUAUGAGACAGCCAUUCCUGCAGCUGCUCAGACCACGCCAUCAAUGCCUCCGCCAAUGGCACCACCAGGAUCUCGUCCACUUCCACCUGUAGCCUCUAGACCGUCCUCAGAGAGGCUUUCCCUCGUCACACUCAGCAAAUUCAACGUGUUAGAAGGCACAGUCAAUGACCUGAAGCAACGCGUUUACGGCACCACCCCCAAGAACGAGGAUAUAUUGCAAGAAGUCAGGUCACAAGGAAAUUUGAAGGCAAUUACAGACAUGUGGACCAACAUGAAUGUCUCAUCACGUUUGGAUGCUGCAGAAGAAGGCAUCGGCAAGCUUAGCUCACUGAUAGAAGACCUCAUUGGAGAGACGGUCGAACUACAAAAGGCUACUGGAAGCCAACCGAGCCCUGCGACGGCCAGAUUGGCAGAAAAAGCUAAGGCUGUGUCGCAAACGCCGAGGGGACCGGGCGGUGGUGGAUACGGUCCUGAUGGUGGUCAAGGAAUGCAGGGUGGUCAAGCAGCUCCAGCGUACGGCCCACCUGGUGGUCAACCUGCUCCUGCUUAUGGUCCGCCAGGCGGUCAACAGGCCCCAGCGUAUGGGCCCCCUGGAGGCCAGCAAGCUCCAGGAUAUGGUCCACCUGGUGGGCAACAGGCCCCAGCGUAUGGGCCUCCUGGAGGCCAGCAAGCUCCGGGAUAUGGUCCACCUGGUGGUCAACCUGGAGGCCAGCCAGCUCCGGGAUAUGGUCCACCUGGUGGUCAACAGGCUCCAGCGUAUGGGCCUCCUGGAGGCCAGCCAGCUCCGGGAUAUGGUCCACCUGGUCAGCAAGGCCAAGGCGCUCCUGGUGGUCAGCAAGGCCAAGGUUAUGGUCCGCCUGGUGUUCAGCAAGGCCAAGGACAAGGCCCUCCCGGUGGUCAACAAGGCCAAGGAUUUGGCCCACCCGGUGGUCAGCAAGUACAAGGACAAGGCCCUCCCGGUGGUCAACAGGGCCAAGGAUUCGGUCCUGCUAGUGGUCAACAAGGCCAAGGAUUUGGCCCACCCGGUGGUCAACAAGGCCAAGGACAAGGUGCUCCUGGUGGACAACAGGGCCAAGGAUUCGGUCCUGCUGGUGCCCAACAGGGCCAAGGAUUCGGUCCUGCUGGUGGUCAGCAGGGCCAAGGAUUCGGUCCUGCUGGUGGUCAGCAGGGCCAAGGGUACGGACCUACUGGUGGCCAACAGGACCAAGGAUACGGACCUGCUGGUGGCCAACAGGGCCAAGGAUACGGUCCUGCUGGUGGCCAACAGGGCCAAGGGUAUGGUCCUCCUGGUGCUCAACAAGUACAAGGACAAGGUUCUUUCGGCCCUAUGGGUGGAGCACAGGGCAUGCCGGGUGUUCAAUCUAUGUUAGACUUGUCUGCAUAUGCUACUAAAGAUGAGCUUAUGCAGCUGCUUGGCCACUUGCAGCGAGUAAGGAACGACCUGGACUCUCUGACAGAAUCCUUCUAUAACGCGAUGAAGGAAGUCAAUGAUGCUUUUGAACCACCGACUCCGCUGCCUCCACCGUCUACAUUAGCGCUGGUCACUCCCGCCGGUGAAGUGAUGACGCAAGCUUAUGGAGGACGCGGACCCGGAGGAGGCGCUUCUGGAGGAGGCGCUUCUGGAGGAGGAGCAGGCGGUGGAAAGGCAGGCGGUGGUAAAGGCGGCGGUGGAAAAGCAGGUGGUGGAGGUUAUGGUGGGGGAGCAGAUGGCCCUGCACCCAACAUCACACUCGCCCCGGGUAUGGCAGCACCAGGCACAGGAAUGACUCAGUAUACACCACAGUCGCACCAAAUGGGCCAGUCCCCUCAGACGAUUCAGAUGGCUCAAAUGGGAGGAAAUGUGAUGGAAAGGCUGAUUGAGCUCGAGAAGCAGUUGAAGAAGUGCUGCGACAACAUCACUAAGUCUGAUGGGCUCGUCAACGACCAGCUGUCUUCGUUCCAAGAUCAACUAGAAUAUAUGGCGAAGCAAAUCGCAGGGUUGACUGGUGGCGACAUGGGACUCGCCGGGAAGCUAUCGCCAGAUCUUGUUAAGGAUCUACAAGGAUUAAUGCAAUUGUUCCAAACGGUGCAAGAUAUGCAGACUCAGCUGCAACAAGUCCAUGAGACGGCACUGCAUCUAGCCGCUGAAAAAGAGGACAGGCAGAACCAUAUUGACGCUCUACUGGAACAAAUAGAGCUUCUAAAGGCCAUCAAAUUGGACCGCGAGGACAUGGUGGAAGCCUUGGCCGACAAGGCAGACCUUCGCAUGCUGGCUAGGAAGGUGUCUCAUGAUCAGUUCGAGACGGCUUGCGAUGACCUCUCUAAAGGAUUGGAGCAUGCGCUUGGAAAGCUAAAUGUUCAGGAAGCUCUUUGGCAACAAGCUCUGGAUGACAUCCAACGUGAGAUCGAGACUAAGCUGGACAAGAUGGAGCUGUCUCCUGUGAAGGAAUUCUUCAACAACAAGCUGAAACAGCUUCAGGAUAAUCUGAAGCAGAUGGCAGCACUUCGCCGCGAAGCGGAAGCCGCUGGCACCAAGAGGAGACUGUUGAGGGAUGUCAACUGCAUAUCGUGCGAUGCGAAAGCUAUAAUGUCCAUGGACGCACCGUCGCCGUUACCUGCAAAACCACUGCCGGCUACGCUUUCCAUGAAGCCGUAUCUCAGUUAUGAAUUAGACGCUAUUCGCAAGGCCCAAGCAAGCAAUUUACCGCAUCGCAACAUGCACGACUGGGAGCACAUAGAUAAGCAGAUGAUGCCCAAACAGCCCUACAAAGUCAGAUCAGAAACGGACAAGCACCUUUGCAACCGAUAUUGUGGCGGAUCGCACACGGUAACGACUCCUGCGCAGCGCGUCGCAAGACUCGGCCACUUUAUAAAACAGUGGGGGCCAGAGGUGCUUCCGUUGUCUUCAGGAUUCGCGGCUGGGGAUGAUGGCAGGUUGUAUAAAAUCAGCACUGGGGAAGGCGCUAGCGUCGGUCCAGGUGGUGCAGUGGAAGGUGCAGCGACUUGUGCGCCGAAGUCUCCAGUCAAGAAGCCAGAGCCUCCUAAAGGGCCCAAGCCUAUAGUUAUCAGCGCGGAAUGCCGCUGUUUGGAUCCCACAGAGCGUCAACCUAAGAGCUGAAUGGAUUAUCGUUUUGUCACAUUAUUAUGUUGACUAUUGUUUUUAAUUAAUUUCUAAAAUUGUUUAUCAAUCGUGUACUUAUUUCUUACUUAUAAUAAUGUAAUUCGUAAGUAUGUAGUUAUUUUUUAAUUAAAUUUUAGUAAUGUUUAUCAUAAACAACACUAACAAAAAUAAAAGAUAUGCUGGAUUU